AUGGAUAAGGACAGGAUCAGAAACGCGUUGGCGGUUGCCAAAAAGGAAGAGCCGGAACGCUACGGCGACCUAACACCGGAAAAGGAGGAAAACUAUGCCAGUUCUCCCUUGCAGACCCUCAACAUGUAUAUUAAAAACAUACUCGAGGACGACUGGAAGGCCCCGCAAAAGCGCAUCGCCAGCCGCAACAGGACCUUCUCAGUCCAGUUUGGCCCAGCAUGUGCCGACAUAUUCCUCUAUCUCGGCUUCACGGAAGAAGUGGAUAUCGCAAGCCAGGACAAAUUCUGGGUACCCCCUCGGCUUCCCAUUUCAUCAUUUCGAACACCCCAGGGCUCAGAACGUGCUUUCCUCGAGAAUGUCAGAAGCGAAGUGCAAAGCUUUUUAGCAGAGAGCCCUCCAAGGCCGGACUUGCCCGUCGUGGGAGCAUCGAUUGAUGCGAGGGAGUGGCUGGACAAGAUUCUCAUAUCGGACUGGCUUCGCAGCCACGAGAACCGGUCGCCGCGAAACUCUGAAGAGGCCCAAUACUUCCGCAUCUUGGGAGCAUCCGAACAGUCGGAUGAGGAGGUGCUCAAGUAUGCCUUCCUCCAACAGGUGAAUGUCGAUCCGGCGAACAGGGACACUUACAGGGCUGCGCUUGCCAAUUUGGCUGGCUACAGGAGUGAAGAGUUCCAGAUGUACGUCUUCAGUCUGGAUGAGAGUCCUGUCGCCCCUAGCGGCCCUCAAAUUCAAGGGCCUCUUUCAGACGUCGAUAAAGCAUAUAUGCACUUCAAUCUCCAACCAAACACGAAUGGAGACGCCCGCUACUUUAUCGGUGUUUACAAAACUUACAGAGAGCAGUCACCUGGACAGCUGUCUAGUCACAGACUCGCCCUUCUCCAAAUCGGCAAAGACAGGGACGAUUCGGAUAUACUUGCCGAAGUAUUCAAUGGGGAGAUGGAUUUCAACGAGGCAUGUUCACUUCUGGAAUCCGAGCCAAACUACACCUUGGAGAUUUACGCUGCAGUUGCACGGGAGGCCGUCAAGAGCGGCAUCGAUCACAGAUUGGUCACCAAAGUCUGUGAGACGAUCGCGGAUACCAUGAGAAAGGAGAAUGUAGUGGACGAUAGCGGUUGGGCUGAAUUUGAUACAGUCUUAGCAGAACUCCGCGCUCCAGAUUUACCCUCCCCAUUCAACUCGCAACAAGGCGCCCAGUUCGAGGAUACGACAGAGUUUAUGUCACUUCCUGUCGGCCUUGAUAACCUUCGAAAUACAUGCUAUCUCAACAGCAUCCUUCAGUAUUUCUACUCGGUCACAGCCGUGAGGAACUUCGUCAUGAUGGCGGACCAGACACCUUUGGAGCCAACCCAGGAAGCUAUGCGGGCUCUUCUAGACGGCCUAGACCCAUCUGAACUUGACCCUGGCCGGGCUUACGUCGGAUCUGAAUUUUGUCGUGAGCUGGGCUCCCUGUUUCGCGACAUUCAGGGCGCCGGAACACGCUCCGUGAGACCCAGGCAACGUCUAGCCAAUGCAGCUUUGCUCAGGCCCGACAGGAUACGGAGUGAGCCUCUAGAGGGAGCCGUUGACAACGCGUCCAAACCGAUCUCCGUGGAGGCUCCUCCACUGCCUCCCAGAUCAGGUGCGGACGAACAACCUAAGGUUACGGUUGAUGCGGUACCAGAGCACUCGGAGACGGAUAGCAACCUGAGCUCACAGACCUUGGUUAACCAGACUGAAGAUGACCCGACAUUUAUUGUUGUCGACUGCAAUACCGGCAAAGGGGAAAGCACAGGCGACGAUAUCACUAUGACUGAUGAACCUGCCCCGUCUACCCCUGUCGCUGAUUCUGCCAAUACUGCAAUCGACAGGCCUAGGGAUCUGAAAUUGACGGUGGUAGAGCUUAAUGAAGAGCUUGACAAGCCUAAUGUCGGUUCCGACCAGAUGGACGUCGAUGAAGUCAUGGGCAACGCAAUCGACCAUCUCCGGGCAGCGUUCAAGGUUGAAUCGCUCAGGAAUCCGAAUACACCAGGACCAGACCCGAUCAAGGAAGCCUUUUUUCUCGACGCUGAACUUCUAACCUAUACGACCAUCAAGGACCCGGCUCCCAAUUUCCACAUCUGCAUUUCGAGGUCGGAUGGCCGUAACAAAAACGCCAAUCCUGUUAUCAUCCCCGAGCUGCUAUACCUCGAUCGCUUCAUGCACACCGACCAGAUCGAUUCGCCACUAUUCAAGGCCCGUCAAAGAAGCUGGAACAUUGGAAACAGGCUCCAAGAGCUCAUGUCCCGUGAAACCAAGACUAAGGAGAACGAGGCUGCCGUCCCGAUUCCCUUAAUAACACGUAAUGAGACAAGUUCCGACAGCCUUCUAGACUCCUUCAUUCACGUUAGCGAUCAGGACAUGGAGGAACUAGAAGGUUACGAUGUCACAUCGUUCUUGACACCCGAGCUCGAUGCCACUGUCGGGAAGUAUACUAGCCUGCCCAGGCCUGAGUCAUCUCAGCCAGACAUGAUGCCUGAAGCGCCAGAGCCUGAUCAGGGAGAGCGUGACGAUCUCGAUCCAAGCGAGAUCAGUAACUUCAUCACGAGCGUUAAAGCUGAAGCUGCCUGGGAACAGGGGCAGCUGCUGGCCGAGCGUGAGAAGCUGUUUGAUGGCAUGCAGCAGUAUGUGUACCGGCUUCACGCAGUCGUCUGCCACGCCGGAACCACGGCCGCCGCCGGUCACUACUGGGUCUGGAUCUACGACUUCGAAGAGAACGUUUGGCGCAAGUACAACGACACCACGGUAUCUGCCCACCCAGCCGAGGAAGUAUUUGAACAGCUCAACACCAGGGGUGAGCCAUACUACGUGGCCUACGUGCGGGCAGAAAACGUCAAGGACCUUGUGAGCAUUCCGCGUCGUCAGUUCGUGGGACCACCGGUGGUUAGCUCUGAUGAGCCCACGACGGUGCACGCCGAGACGGUCGACAGGAUGGACUUGGAUGCUCAGGAUGCUUAG